GGGACAUCAGUUGAGUUUUGCUUAAGGAGCCAGUAGCACCGCACCGCCGCACCACCAACCCAACCCAAACCCAAUCCAUAAUCCACAUCAUGAAGCUGUUCGUUUGCAUAGCAGUUGCCCUGCUGGCCAUUGCCGCACCCGCCCAGGCGCUGCUGGGCGCCAAGUUGGCGCUUCUCAAGGCCAUUGGAGGCGGCCUCGGUGGCGGCAUCGGUGGCGGCAGCUCUGGCGGCGGUGGCUACGGCGGCGGUGGCUAUGGCAGCGGUGGAUAUUCCGGCGGAUACAAUCAAGGCUACUACAGCCAGCCCAGUCGUCCCGUUUACAAUUCUGGAUACGGCUCCAGCGGCGCUUCCAGCAGCGCUUCAUCCAGCAGCUAUGGAGGUGGCUAUGGAGGUGGCUACGGAGGUGGCUAUGGAGGCGGCUACGGAGGCGGCUAUGGCGGCGAGCAGGUGGUGAAGAUCAUCAAGGUGGUGGAGCAGCCAUCGUACUCCUCCUACGGACGUAACUCGGGCUAUGGCGGCAACUAUGGUGGCUACAGCCAGGGCUACUCCAGCGCCAGCUCAAGUGCCAGUGCCUCCAGCUCGGCUCAGGCACUGCCUGCUGUCAGCUACUCUGCACCAGCUCCCGCUGUGACCUACUCCGCUCCAGCUCCCGCUGUGACCUACUCCGCUCCAGCUCCCGCUGUGACCUACUCCGCUCCAGCUCCCGCUGUGACCUACUCCGCGCCAGCACCCUCCGUGACCUACUCCGCGCCAGCUCCCUCUGUGACCUACUCCGCGCCAGCUCCUUCUGUGACCUAUUCGGCUCCUCGUGCGCCUGCUGUCACUUAUGCCGCGCCUGCUCCCGCUCCAGUUACCUACUCGGUGCCCGCUCCCCAGCCCGUGGUGCGCUAUCAAGCCGCUCCUGCUCCAGCUCAAGUCACGUACUCCGCCCCAGCACCUGUGGCCAUCUCCCGCCCCGUCAGCUACGCUCCAGCUCCAGCUCCAGCUCCAGCACCCGUCAGCUAUGCUCCAGCUCCCAUCAGCUACGCCCCCGCCCGGCCACAGAGCCAACAGAUUGUGAAGACCAUCAAGGUGAUUGUCGAUGAGGAUCAGUCUGGACGCGUGCCAGCGCCAGUCUAUGGAGCACCAGCACCAGUGGCCAGCAGCUACUCGAGCGCAUCCUCCAGUGCUUCUGCGGCUGACUACAACGACUACAACGGAGGCUACAACGGAGGCUACAACGGAGGCUACAACGGAGGCUACAACGGAGGCUACAACGGCGGAUACAACGGUGGAUACAAUGGUGGCUACAACGGUGGCUCCUCCGCUGGUGGCUUCAACGGUGGCUGGAAGCGUGGUGGCAUCUUUGAGAAGCUUGUCGGCUGCUAAGCGAAAGCGAACCACAGCCCAAUCCCAACCGCACUCAACCUAAACCCUACCUAAACCUACUCAACUGUGUAUCUAUGUUUUUUUUUCCUAGUUCUAAAUCGAAUAAUUACGAGUAUACUUUUUGUGCAUAAUUUCGAGCCGAUCGCUGUGUACAUAAAAUAAAUCAACAAAUCAAACCCCAAA